AUGUGGCCACAGUUUGAUACCCAACGGGCUAACCCCCCGGGACUUGUUCCCGGUGACAAUGCGACAGAUGGCCAGUAUCUCAUUGAGCUCUUUCGGAACAAGACAUUCAACCCAAGGGAUCUCGCGGCAUUGGUUGGCGCCCAUACUGUUGGCCAGCAGUACUUCGUUGAUCCAUCUCGCGCUGGCCAGUCGCUUGAUUCAUCACCAGGCGUCUGGGACGUGAGAUUUUACCGCGAUUUCAGCUUGGCGAAUCCUCCCCAGUAA